CGCAGCAUGAAGCCGAACGCAGUUCUGUACCGCCUCCAAUGACAGACAGCACGUUCCCCUUAUAUCAAGAUCCCCGGUGGGUGUAGUAGGGAUUUUGAGAGUUGAGGUGUCUGUUAACGUUACAUAUUUGUGAUCUUAUUGAAUCGUUGCAUUUUCUAAUACUUGAAGUAACUUACGUUCGAGGUUUUGUCCAUCACACCGGACAUCAAUACUUCAGCUGUCUUUGAGCUCACACACCGCACUAACAGACCGCAAACUGCUUCUGCGAUAAAGAACAAACAGGUGUGCAGGGGAUGUUUGAGAGGGCGACAGAGCAGCUGGUCCGACAGAUCGAUCCUAAUGGUGUUCUGAUUCCACCCAGUCUGAACGAUUCAAAGAAACUCAAGCUGCUUGCUGUGGUAUUGAAGAAGCCGAAGGUGUGGUUCUGGCAGAAAGCUAAAUACAGACCCACAGCCUUCACGCUUAAUGACCUGCUGGAAAAGGGCGAAAUAAAUCCUGUGCGGGAUGAGAAAGAGUUUCUGAAAUAUAAAGCAACAUACAAAAGGGCCGUACAUGGAUCAUUGGAGGUGGGAAAUGAAGCUGUCGGACUAAAUGUGAUUGGAAGGGGCAGGUCUAAACUGAGCUUGUCUCUCGGGACACUGAAAAAGGAAGACAUGAAUAUUCCAGAAUUUCUAAAGGAGUCCAGAAACAAGAAGGUGGACCUCAAACACUCUUUGAUUCACCAAUCAUUGAAAAUGAACAGGAUCUUUACCCUCCUUAAAGAGCGAAUCUUUACUACCUGUGAGUGUUCCAUCUCUUACACCGGAAUGGACCAGGGCAGCUGUUUCUCUGCUUUUGGAAAAUAUUCAGAGAUCGCAUUAAUAAAAGAGAGUGGUGAACUACGAUAUGACUCAGACGUUGCCUUAAACAUCCCACCAGGCACUGUAAUGGCAUACAGUUUCAUUGAAAUGAGCAUCAGCAGUGAUGGCCACUUUGAAUUGCGUGUUGAACCUGAUGGAAUUGAGGCAGAUCACACAUCACAGAAUCCAGGUUCUUCCGAUGUGGAUGGUCCUUGGGCACCACUAGAGAUCCAAAAAGGGUCCUCACUUAGUUCCCUAAAAAGAGCACUGUCAGAUGUUCAGACUAGGUUCUGUGUGCUGACUGAUAUUUCUUCUGAGUGCCGCUCCACCUUACUGCUUCAUUUGAGGAAAAUUCUGUUGGACCGACCCUCCCUGUCAGUGUUGGUGGACAGGCUCGAGGAUCUAAGCAGCGGUGAAGCUCCCUUACUCCAAAACGAGUUAUUGGACAACAAGAGCCCUUUUAUUAGUGAAGUUUUAGACUUACUGAAGUCGGAACCACACAACCAGAGCGGGAAAACCGCAGCAUCGGUGCCCUAUCAGAACGGAUCUCAAAUAUCAACAGCCAAUCACAGCGUUUCACCCUCUGCAUCUGAGUUGAAUGGAUCCUCCCCCAGAGCAGAAAAACAGAAUGGCUGUCACACGGCUGUGUCCCAUCAGAAUGGAUGCUCGACGAAAUCAAGCAAGCAGAACAAAAAAAUUCUGAUGGCAAUGCAUAUGCUGCUCAGUGCCGUUGAGGAGUUGACGGAUGCUGGAUUACAAUUGUUAGAAAGUUUCUGCUCCCCUGAGGGCCUUAGAAGCCUGCAAGACUUAGUAAAUCUCCUGAUGGCUAACUCCAAGCCACUCUCAAAAGACACAAUACCUGUUUUCUUGCAGAAAGACGGUCAAAUCCACAGAGUUGUCGACCUUUUUAAAUCAUGCAAUGUUUUACUAAAGAGAGAAGAUGAUUUAAUGUUUGCAGACGUUACAUGUGAAAAGGGAUUCCUACCGUAUGUUCUGUGUAUUGCCAUCAGUGGUCUUUCAUGCCUCAUUGACAGUAACAAUGAGAGUACUUGUGUGUGUUUUCAGUAUGACUAAAAUGUUAAUAAUAGACAUUUACUUGCUCAUAUAGCUCUUUGCACUCAUUUUAUCUUUCUUAAUUUUAAAAUGGCAAUCUAAAAGUUGUUUUUAUAUGUUGUGCUCUUAAUCAUUUAUAUUUACAUACACAUAUCAUUAUAUAUUUAUUUCAUUAAAAAAAUUAAAUAUGUACAUAUUAUAAAUUUUUCCGAAAUAGUAAUGUACAAAUGUACAAAAUUUGCUACAUACGAAAAUGUACGUUUAACAUAUUCUGUUUUUUUACGAUUUUUGUUACUUACCAAGACAUUUUGUGUACCAGGAAAAUAAGUUUAUAUUAGCUUAAAAACAAGCUUUGUUCUAUUGAGUGCUCUCUGAAAACAUCAACAGUAUAUACAGUUGUUUUUCAUGAUUGAUAGUGUUGUAUUAUAUUCUUUGUAUCUUCUAAUGUUUUAUCUUAAAUCUGUUAUUGUAUACAGUAAAUCCAGAUGUAUGUUAAGAUUUGUGACAUUACACAUAAUUUGAAGCUCACACAUUUAAAAGAUGUAUUUUAUAUUAGAGGUCACGGCCGGUUAGGGGGAUUUUUUUACCAAAUUUAGGCCACGAACAUGUUUUUGAUAACACAGACUCAAUAGGAUUAUAAUGUUAUACGCUAACACCGUUGAAAAAGAAGUCAAGUGUGAACGCGACCUACGAUUUAAAUUAUUUUAUCGUUCGGUCCUUGUCUUCGUUCCCGAACCUCUGGUUAAAACGUGCACGUUAACUUUCUUACUUAAAUGUGACCCUGGACAACAAAACAAUUUUUCGAAAUUUAGAUCUUUCAAAUGGAGGAAAUAAGUGCACAAAAUUUGACAUUGUGAUUUUUAUUUUGGUUUUAUCUGAGAAUAUGACCAUUUGACUAAUAGCAGUGUCUGCCAACAUACAGAAACAAAAAGCAUGAUUCAGAACAGUCUGAGAAGGUGCUUAAAAGUUUUGAGCAAUGUAUUAAGAAAUAGACUGCUAUCUUGUACCCUGCAAUAAACACUUACUCAAUCUUU